AUGCAAGAACUUAUUGUCUGUAACUGGUUAAAAAAAACUGCACCAACAUCAUUUGCUUUAGGCAGUUUUAUGUCAGAUAUAGUCGUAUUAAUGUGGAGCUUGAUACAAAUCGGCCGUUGUAGUACUACUAGUUUACACUUUAAAAAUUUUUGUGUUGAGACAAUAUUAAGAUUAAAAAUAUCAAAAGAGACUGUCUUCAUCGCAAUUAAAUAUGUACAAAAGUACAUGAAAAGAGGGAACAAUGCAAACUUUUCAAGCGAAUAUCAACUUUUUACAAUCGCUCUAAUGGUCGCACAUAAGUGGCACAACGAACCGGUUUAUACGAAUAAAACUUGGUCGGACCUUUCUCAUAUCCCUCUUAUCGAAGUUAAUAAGUUGGAGAUCGCGUUCAUGGAAUCUUUAAAUUACAAGAUUCAUAUCAGUGAAGUCAAAUAUUCUUUUUGGAUAAAAUGUUUGACAGAAUAUGCCAAAACCGGCAAACUCGUUUCGCUAUUUGUUGAACGAUUCAGCAAGGACACUACUCCAUCUCCCCCACCACCACCAGGUUUUGGUUUUGCGAUAAAAUCAAGAAUUAUUCCUACCCCGAUAGGAUAUGAACGGAAUCAAUAUAGAUUAUAUGAGUUAUUUGAUGGAAUUAAAAUUGAUUUUUUUAAACAAAAUCAACCUAGAACAUAUAAUUUAUAUGAUGGACUUAAAUUUAGUUUUUAA